UAAAUACGUCAAAAUACACAUUCAUUUUGCUAAAUUAAUGCAUCGUAAUUAAAUUUUGUACAUGACAAUUUUCUCACUUGAACCGUAACUAUAAAUGAUAAUACCAAUUUAUUAUACGUAUUAUUCUUAAUUGUAAACAAUAAAUCUAUCAUUAUCUAUGAGGUCGGAGCGGUCAGUCGCAUGUCGUCUGCGUGCCAAAUACUACAAUAAAUUGUGCAUUGAAUCUGACUAAAAUAUUUGUUGAAAACUCACUAACUAAAGUAAAUCUUUGAGCAAUGGACCCGGAAAGACAACCUUUGCUGUAUAAUACUGAUUUCCGGUUGAGGCGGUUGAGACCCCUGACUCACGAAGAAGUAUUGAAUGCGAGGAACGAGGUGUCAUGGCAUCGCGCCCGCUUCUGCUUAGCCUUUAUGUUCUGGGCGAUAAUGGCCAUGUUCCUAUCCAUCGUCGUUUGCAUAUUGGUCACCACGCCGAAGUGUCGAUCGUACGACGCGGAUUUGUCUCUGACACCGUCUGUCCCACCAGUACAUAUGUCUUUCGCGCCGCUGGUAGCGAGUGGAAGAGCGGCGUAUAACGAUUUAACUUAUACCACAUAGGCAUUUACCUUAUUGUCCAAGACUAUAUAAUCCCAGAGCCGACGUAACACUUCGAAUUACUUGUAGUUGUAACUAGUUGUAACAAUACUACGUUUAGCUGUGGGCAA